AUGGCGACCAAGAGAAGAAGCGAAACGCAAGUCCCCGCAGAAGAAAGCGAUCGGCUGAUCAUUCGGCCGCUGGGGGCGGGGCAAGAAGUAGGGCGGUCAUGCAUUAUGCUGGAAUUUAAAGGCAAGAAAAUCAUGUUGGACUGUGGCAUUCACCCAGGCAGGGAGGGUCUGGAUUCGCUGCCGUUUUUCGACAUGAUAGAGCCGGAAGAGAUCGACAUGUUGCUUAUUAGCCAUUUUCAUUUGGACCAUAGCGGGGCUCUUCCAUUCUUCCUGAAGAAGACUAAAUUUCAGGGUCGGAUCUUCAUGACGCAUGCCACGAAGGCCAUCUAUCGCUGGCUCCUGUCCGAUUAUGUCAAAGUCAGUAACAUCUCCGCUGAGAAGAUGUUGUACACAGAAAACGACCUACAGAACAGCAUGGAUCGUAUCGAGACCAUCAAUUUCCAUCAAGAGAUCGAAGCUAGCGGGGUCAAGUUCUGGUGUUACAAUGCUGGACACGUGUUGGGAGCCGCAAUGUUCAUGAUAGAGAUUGCAGGAGUCAAGAUUUUGUAUACGGGAGAUUUUUCCAGGCAGGAAGACAGACAUCUUAUGGCUGCUGAGAUCCCAAACAUCAAACCAGACGUUCUCAUCAUGGAAUCGACAUACGGCACCCACAUCCACGAGAAACGGGAUGAGAGGGAGGCGCGCUUCACGGGAACGGUCCAUGAUAUCGUCAACAGAGGAGGGCGCUGUCUGAUCCCCGUCUUUGCGCUGGGACGCGCACAAGAACUGCUUUUGAUUCUGGAUGAAUACUGGGCCAACCAUCCUGAGCUUCAUGACAUUCCGGUUUACUACGCUUCCUCCCUCGCUAAGAAGUGUAUGUCCGUCUACCAGACCUACAUCAACGCCAUGAAUGAGAAAAUCAGACGACAGAUUGCCAUCAGCAACCCCUUUGUCUUCAAGCACAUCUCCAAUCUUCGAGGCAUGGAUCACUUUGACGACGUUGGACCCUCCGUUGUCAUGGCGAGUCCUGGUAUGAUGCAGAGCGGCCUAUCUCGGGAGCUGUUCGAGAACUGGUGCACAGACCGACGCAACGGUGUGAUCAUCGCUGGCUACUGUGUAGAAGGAACACUGGCUAAGACCAUCAUGCAAUCGCCGGAGGAAGUCACAACGAUGAACGGCCAGAAACUGCCGCUGAAGAUGUCUGUCGACUACAUCUCCUUCUCAGCUCACACAGACUACGAGCAGACAAGCGAGUUCAUCCGGGCACUCAAACCCCCACACAUCGUUCUGGUCCACGGCGAAGGCAAUGAGAUGCUGCGAUUGAAGACUGCCCUCUUGAGAGAGUACGAGGACGAUGAGGAAUCGCACAUCCAGAUCCACAACCCUAGAAUAACGCAAGCUGUGGAGCUGUACUUCAGAGGAGAGAAGAUGGCAAAGGUCAUGGGUAGCCUAGCAGCCAGCAAGCCCACCAAAGACCACCGUCUGUCCGGCGUCCUGGUCAAGCGUAACUUCAACUAUCACAUCAUGGCACCCAGCGAUCUCGCCGAGUAUACGGACCUGGCCGUCGGUACCCUCACCCAGCGGCUGAGCGUCGCCUACACCGCACCUUUGUCCCUCCUGACUCAUUAUCUGACACAGCUUUCGGGAGACGUGGAGUAUGUCGAGGUGUACAACAAACCGGCGUUAAGGAUCUUCAAUGCUGUCACGAUUGUGCAUGAACCGGCUAAGGGAAUGGUCACCUUAGAGUGGGUUGCGAAUGCCGUCAAUGACAUGUACGCAGAUGCCGUGAUGGCGGUGGUCGUCAAGGUUUCAACAGAUCCAAACGCACAAAAGCUCAAGCACAUCCCGCCCAAGAACGACAUUGACCAGUUCAGCCAGCGACUGACCCGACUUCUAGAGGACACGUUCGGCUCGACAGCCGUGACCCACGACGACAAAACCGACGUGAUAACGGUCAGCAUCGAGGGCAGGGAGGCCCAGAUUAACACAGAAUUACUGGAAGUGAAGACUGAGGACAAGUCUAUGUUUCAGAUGAUCAACACGGCCAUACAGAGGUUACACAGUGCAAUAGAACCCACACAGAGCUGAGACGUGAACUCUCAACUUUGACCUGUGACACGGAACCGCAUGAAAUAUCAGCACCUGUGCUCUGUGGGUGGCGAGGGCGGCGUAGCAAAUUGCUAGGGGGUAGUGAUGAUAAAACAAUGUUGGGUGAACUUUGACAUGACCUAGCACAAAGACAUCACUGCAAAGAAAGUUUACAGGAGCGGUUACAGAGCUGAUAAUGAACUCUGACCUUUGACAUCAUGACCUAGCAUGUAGAUACCAAUGCACAGAAUUCAAAAGUGUGGCUCUAAAAGUGGAUACGAGCUUUGAUAUUGUGACCUGGAUGAUCACACCUGAUGACACUGCCAAAAUAUGCUGGAACCUUUCGGAAAAUGUGGUUAACAUCUAUGGCUUGUAUAUGUAUUACGGACAACAUUAUAGUGUUGUAUAGCAGUGUUUUCUCUGCAUAUUGCACAUUCCUAUUCGGUUCGUUAGUAAAAACGUCAUACACGCGCGCGCACCACUGGUUACUAGCGCCCAUUGGCUUAACACUCAAGUUGCGUUAACUUCCGGUUCUAUUCGCGCUUUGCUAGACCAUUUAAAGUACACGUGGUUUAAGUUGACAUGACGUCACAUGAAUGAACCGGUUUUAAAAGAAACUUAACAAUGCUGAUGCAUUGUGGGUAAUAAGGUUUGCAUUAUGAGCAUAUCAUACAUUGGAAUAACAAGUCAUUUCAGAAUUCCAAAAAUUCAUGAUUUUCCCUCUGGGUAAAUGAUCCACAGCAGGCAUGCACAAUUAUAGAGGGUACAAAUAAAAUACAAGAAAAAGUCUUGUUCUGCAUAUUUACUAAAAUCUAAAAACAAACGUUUGUACCAUUUUGUAGAGAAUACAAACACAAUGAAAUCAAACACAAUCCACUGAUGCAAAGGAAUUAUAGAAGUCUCAGUAUUUCUUUUAAUAAUAACUUUUUUUGUAUUUAAAGAAGACUUUUUUUUCAGUCUGCCAGCAUAAGUAGACGGUUUAAUCUAUACGAAUCAUUCAAGAUUUUGUCGUGUGAAACUGCAUUUUUACGUGUUGUACAAUUUUCAUUUUACGCUCAAGAAAAAUAUGAUACUGUACACGGCCCAACCACCACCCUAAGAAACUUACAUAAAAAAGGCAAGUUUUUAAAACACAAAUAUAUAUUUAAAGACUGGUCCCCUAACUACAUAUAACUGGUUACCACUCUGCAUUUCAUAGUGCUGAAACAGUUGCGGGAAACCAGUGACUUUCAGUAGACUGGUUCCGACCUCGGAACAUUUUUUCCCACAUGAACAGCUACACUCGUUUGUUAUUGGAGUUUGACUACCUGAAUUUAUAUUAAAAUUCUUUCUGCUACUUUUGAAACUUUGUUGCAGGAACAGACGUGAAUCAUAUGAUGUCUCGCUUUUUUUUUUACAUGUGUGCUCUCAUAUGGGGCCCGUCUCAAUUCAUAGCCGAGACGAGUUCCGGACAAGUUGUGGGUAGAAUCAUUCACUUUGUUGGGAAGAAGCUCGGCAUUUGUCCCCGGACGUGUUCCGGGGAAAUUUUCAUCAGCAACUGCUUGACUCACCAAUACUGAUAACUUCAUUGCGGGAAGAUUGCGGGGAAGUUGUUCAGAAUCCUGUAACUUAAACCCGCUACAAUGUACACAACCUUUCUGGAACUCAUCCCAGAUAUGAAUUGAGAUGGGGCCCUAAGAAAGCGCACAUUUCAACAAAGCAGGAUAUCACUAUGAUUCAGGUCUUCGUUCUAUUUUCUGUUCUCUUAAUUAUAUUUCAACAUUGCAUUCAAGUUUUUACAACUUUUACGGAAACUAACACACUAGAAAGUCAUUAAUUCACCUUAUAUACACAAAGCAAGAAAACUGGUAUAAAAAAAUGAAAGUGUUUAUUCAAAAGAAAUGUUUGCAUUUUUGUCGGGGUAUAUAUUGUUGGAACACAAUUAAAACAUUGUAGUGUUCCAUACCAUUUGGAUCAUUCCGUGCACCAACUUCUUGAAGUAUUUUGAGAUUGUGAACUACAUCACUAAAUCAGGACCAUAGACAUUUAUCAUCAGCUAUUAACAGUGCAAAGGGACUUUUUUAAAAAUUGUUUCAAUGACCAAAGAUCUCAAAUUUUACCAGAAAAUCAUUUUCGUUGGGGACUUGGUCAUUCUUCGGACAGUGUUACCAUGUGAGCGUUACUAGUCUAAUAGUAUUUUUAAUUAGCGCCCUUAUUUAUUUAUUUUGGUAUAAAAAUCAACACCUGCAAAAUAAAUGCAAUCAUUUAUAACCACAGUGGCUUACUUGUUGAUGUAUCUGAAAGUUGUGUACGUGUAAAUAGCGAAAGAAAAAUGUCAGUGAAAGAACGAACUUGAAGACCUGGUUGAAAGUUCUUUUCUUGUCUUUUUUGGACAUGAAAGACGAGAGUUUCUGGGAUUCGAACUGAAGUGUCCACUGAUGUGUCAGCGAAAAAGAAAAUAAAACAAAUAAAAGAAUAUAUCAGAGAA